AUGGCUUUUAGACCUGCGCUUAUCGUGGUUGACAUGCAAAUGGAUUUCUGUCCUCCCGAUGGCUCACUCGCAGUCUCAGAAGGCCGAGAAAUUGUGCCUCUGAUUAACGGGCUCCUGAAUUCACCACAUUUUGUCUUGAAAGUGGCUACCCAAGACUGGCAUCCAACUAACCAUGUUUCGUUUGCGGCAAACCAUCCUGCUCCAGACAACAAACCGUUCGAGUCUUUCGUCACUGUGCGCAAUCUGGUUGGCAACAAACCAGAUGAGACCAUGCAGCAAAGAUUAUGGCCGGUUCAUUGUGUUCAGGGCUCAACAGGCGCUGAGAUUAUUCCAGAACUUGACCUCUCCAACGUGCGUUUCACCGUCCAAAAGGGCCAGGAUUCCCGCGUGGAAAUGUACUCUGCCUUCUCCGACUCCUUUGGCAACCUGACGUUUGGUGCUGGAGGUGUGAGUCACGACCUUGCCAAAGAACUCGCCGCUGAGCAUAUAUCCCAUGUCUAUGUUGUUGGGCUGGCUGGUGACUAUUGCGUCAAAGACACAGCUCUCGGAUCAGCAAAGGCUGGCUUCACCACAUACGUUAUAGAGGAAGCUCAACGAUGUGUGGAUCCCAACGCAUGGCUCGAUGUCAAGGGUGCUCUGGCACAAGGCUCUGUGACUGUGGUCAGUGUUGACAGUGAAGAAGUCAGACGGGUACUCGAUUCCUGA